AAAAAAAAGGAAAAGGCAAACAUAAAAAAAUAUAAAAAAUUUAACACACAUACACAUAAGCAAAUUAAGAGAAUGGCCAACAAGUUCGUUGCAGUGUUUCUCAUGUGCAUUGUUGUCGUUGCAGCAUUCAGCCUUCAAGAGGCUAAGGCUGCUGAGUUGGACAAGUUCAAGGGAUGCUUCUCCAACUGCAGCAAAGGAUGCUUGGGUGAAGGCAAUGGUAACACCUUCUGUGAAAAGAAGUGUGAUAAUGACUGUAGUGAAAAAGAGCUUGCUGAAAAACUUAACAUCAAUCUACCCUGAGCAAAUGAACGGAAGCACAAAGUCUUACUCAAAGGAAUAGAGGGAGAUGAAUCGUGCGAUAAAUUAAGUUGUGCUGUUUAAUUUAAGACAUUCAUUCCAAUCCCAAUGUAUUCAUUUUGCAAUUUAUAAUACGUAUGACAUUCUGUUAA